AUGCAUUGUCCGAUUUGUCAUCAUAGAGCGCAUGUGGUUUAUUGUGCACAUUGUAUCAAUACGAGCCCCAGUUUGCUACUAAGGUUAAAAUUGGACUUAGUUUCCAUAAAGGAUAGUAAUAAGGUGCUAAGUGGGAAAGUCGAACAUAUACUAAACGAGGCCAUGGACUAUGGUCAGUUGGGUACUAGAACGUCAGAAAAGAAAAAGGAUCCUCUGGCGAAUAGUCUCCUGAAGUUGGAUAUUUUACGAAUGAAAAAAAAUAACAAUCGGAUCAGGCAUAAGAUCGAACAGCUAAAUGAGCGAAUCCAUAGUAAGAGAGAUCGCAUCAACAAAUUGAAGGUGGAAAUAGACAGUCACGGGCACGCCAAGGCUGAGGUUCGUGAUGAUAAAUUGAGAGAACAAGUGGAAAUCAAUGAUGCUAAGAGCAAGUUGAAACAGAUUUCCAAGAUUUGUGAGUCGACCAGAGACUACAAACUGAAUCUGCUAAACGACUGGUUUGUGAUCCAGAAACUACAAGACAAUUUUCAAAUACCAUUUGCUAUUGCGUUCCAACCGUUGAUAUCAUUGAAAAACUUUCAGAUUCUACCUCUUGUGGUAACGAAUGAUUCCAUUGAUACCAUGUGGAAGUACGUCAGUUUUCUCUCCGAUAUUCUUUUGAUCAAGCUCCCCUAUUCCAACGAUAAUGAAGCACACCCCAUGCUGGACUCCUCUGAUAAUAUACGGACGGUAGUGCAAAGAUUGAUCAGGUUGAUAAUAAAUAUUUUACAAGUAUGUAGAAAUUUGAAACUCGUGCCCUCGACACCCAUGGAUAUACCAUGGAUCCUAGACCAGUACGAUGUGGAUGGGCUGUUCUACAACAUGGUGAAGCGAAACAAGAUGAAAUGUAGGUCCGUUUCGCUAUAUUGGACGUUUGGAAUGCUGUAUUCCAUGGUCCUGGAUAACUUAAACAGGCCGGAAAGAGGAUAUCCUACAAGACGCACCGCACCGGCGCCGGCCCUCACGGGACCCCACGACCGAUGGUACGUGGUAGGCUAA